UCCUCCAUCCUCUCCCUGAGAUGAGAGAGCCCAUUAGGCACAGGGCACUUUCCUGGACACGAUCGCCUUUUAAGCUUAUUUAAGAAUUUUAAGAUGAGAGAGACUGGAGGGAAAAAGCGUGGAAUCGAGCAAAAAAACUUGAAUGCCAGAAUGGAUAACCGUUUUGCUACAGCAUUAGUGAUUGCUUGUGUACUCAGUCUCAUAUCUACCAUCUAUAUGGCAGCGUCCAUUGGCACAGAUUUCUGGUAUGAAUAUCGCAGUCCAGCACCAGAAAAUUUCAGUGACUUAAACAAAAUCAGGGAUGAUUUUGUUGACAGUGAUCCUGACGAAAAGACUUAUAAUGAUUUACUUUUCCGAUAUAAUGGCACAGUGGGAUUGUGGAGAAGAUGUAUCACUGUGCCCAACAAAAGUACACCUUGGUAUAGCUCUCCAGAAAAGACAGAGUCAUCUGACUUGAUCACAGAAUGUUUCAGUUUUACAUUGUCAGAGCAGUUCAUGGAGAAGUAUGUAGAGCCUGGAAACCAUAAUACUGGGAUUGAUCUACUCCGGACCUAUCUUUGGCGCUGCCAAUUCCUUUUGCCGUUUGUUAGCCUAGGUUUGAUGUGCUUCGGGGCUUUGAUUGGACUUUGUGCUUGUGCCUGCAGGAGUCUGUAUCCAACCAUUGCCACAGGAGUCCUUCAUUUCCUUGCAGGUCUGUGUACACUGGGCUCAGUAAGCUGCUAUGUUGCUGGUAUUGAGCUACUUCAUCAGAAGCUGCAGCUGCCUGAAAAUGUGAAGGGUGAAUUUGGUUGGUCCUUCUGCCUGGCCUGUGUCUCUGCCCCCUUGCAGUUCAUGGCUGCCGCACUCUUCAUCUGGGCAGCGCGUACCAAUCGAAAAGAAUACACACUAAUGAAGGCCUAUCGUGUGGCCUAGGUGGACUGCAACUUCAGUUAGAGUUUGCUACACUACAGUAUUUUUUAAUGUCUAUCUUAUUCUCAUAACUUUCUCUUCCCUCCCCUCCCUUUCCCCCUCACUGGGGACAUAAUUCCAUUCUGGGUGUUUAUUUAAAGCAUUGUUUUCUCACUCUCAACUUUAAAUUUGGGUGGUGGUCUUUAAGAAAUCACACCCUUCAUGCUACGUCCAAUAAAGCUACAUCCAGAAUCUAGAAAAGAGAAAUUAGAUAAAGAGAAUAAAUUUAUGUCAAGAGUAUCUAUUACCUGGGUGAGACCUAUAUAAGCAAAGUUAACAAAUAACUUCUAAGAGAUUAAGAUAUAAAAGUGAAGUUACAGUAUGUAUGUUGAAUUUUUGGCAUUCAAUUUAAAAAGUCUCUUAUCAUUAACCUAACUUCAGUUUUGUUGUUGUAAAGAACCAAUCAUCCAUGGAUAUGAGUGGUGUUUUCAAAUGUUAUUUAAACUUUAUGUGAUGGAGAAAAGUUGUCACAUUUCUCUGACUUUUAAAGUGUAGCUUCAUCUGAAGUGAAAUACAACAGCCCUUUUAAACUGCACUGUGCACAAAAUCUUUGAGCAGGGUUGUGAAAAACAGAUAUUUUAGUUGAAGCUUUGUAUGGCUCUCCAACUGCCAUCUAAGUCAGUUAAGUACUCCCUCAAAACAUUUGUCCAGAAGAAGGUUAAUCCUCAAGAUCUAAGGUUUUGACUGCCUAUUAAUAACUAUGGUCUUUAUUUCCUGUGAUGGAAUGAGGUGCCUUUUCUCACCCAGAUCUCUUUCUUCAUGGACAUCUCAGCAUUGUUUAAUUUCUUCUAAGUUAGUUAUUUUUAUAAAUAUGUGUAUAAACUUUUAAACUUUUAAAAUCCUAUUUACUUAUUCCAUUUCUGUAGAACAUGGCAGGUUUUUUUUAAGAAAAUGUAACAUAGUAAUUUCUUACCAUGUCCCAAAUCUGUUGUUUAAAAAAUAAAAUCAGAUCAGAAAA